AUGUACGAUGAAUAUGAUUUCGAUGACCAUAAUAUUAGACAUCCUACAAGAAUUCAAAUAUACAAGGAAAUCUUAAAGCAUUUACCUGAUAUUACACCGGUUGCCUUGCGAAUUAAACUCUUGGAGCCAAUAAAAAUUCGUAAAUUAUUUGGGAAAAAUGAAGUUGCAAACGAUAUUUCAAAACUGACCAAUGCUCAAAUUCAAAACAUUAUAGGUCAAGUAACUUCGGCUAAAUGUAUCAUCCGUGUUUCAAAUAUCCAAGAAACUUCCAAUUUCAAAAAUCGUUAUUCCCAAACUUUUCUCAUUCAAGAGGAAGCCAUCCAAAGAUGA